AUGGAUUUUAGUGAUAGGAAUUCAACAAGUUCUUCAGCUAUAUAAAAGGGAACAAAUUAGUAAUUCUAAAAUGAUAUUAUUAAACUUGACAAUGAUUGCGAACAUAUUUAAGGAUUAAUAAAAGAGGGAGAAAAUCCGCUAAAUUACUAAUAAGUUGUUUAAAUAUUUUUAGAAAGAAACAAGCAAUUUUGCUCUUAAUUAAUAAAAGCUACAGAGUUUAAAAACAGCUUCUUUGUUUAUAGGAAACUUGAAAAGGUUUUACUGCCUUUAUUGAAGCAAAUGGAGAUGUAUGAUGACUAAAAUUUUCCUUUAAAAAGCAUAAAUUAAUCAUUAGCUCAAUAAAUACUAGAAAUAGAUACUACAAAAAUAAGCAAAUUACCAACUGAGUUAGUAGUAAAAAAAUUGCCAUAAAAAUAUUUGAGCGCUUAUGAUUUUUCCUCAAGCAUCUUAAGUAACAUUGUAAGCUGUUUUAACAACUAAGGAACUAUUUAUAUGCUUAGAGGUAAGGUUGAUGUCGCUUUGAACUGCUAUUCUAAAGCUUUAGAAGGGAGAUUAAAAUUUUUAAAUAGUUAUUAGCACCACUUUCAAUUAUCAAUUUUAUUUUUGAAUAUUGCUUUUUGCUAUAAAAACAAAGAAAAUUAUGAAGAGGCCAGCAAAUUAUUAAAUAAAGCAAUACUGAUGUUGGAAAAUAUAGAAAAAAUAUCUAAGGAAUACGCAGAUAGUGACAAUUUAGUAGAAUCAAGUUCAUUUGUGCUAUGCUUAAUUGAAAUGCUGUAUAAUAAGAAUGAGAAGGAUUUCAGAGACAAUGAAGUUACUUAAAGAUAAAAAUUACUUUAUUUUUUGAGUAUUUCAUAUAAUUACUAUGGAGAACUCCUUUCUAAAUUAUAAAAGACAAAGGAAUCCGAAUUUUGCAAAAAAUAAUCUGAGGUGCUAUUCAAAUAAUUUAGAAAGAGAACUACAUCAACGGUAAAUUCUACUAAUAAUAGCAUGCAUUAAUUAGAAAGACCCAGCAGUAGAGGAAAUAGCAUACAUUAAAAUAUAAAAAGCUAAGAACAUUCUAUUUAAAAUAUUAAUUAAAUUUAUUAAGAUGAAUCUAAAAUGGAUGACAAUUUCAGUCAAGCAUCUUUCCAAACAGUUAAUACAACAUAAUCAUAUGCUGCUUUUGGAGGACAAAACAUCUCAAAAGACAACAUUAUUUUUUAAAAAUACAUUAAAUUAAACGAUAUAAGAUAUAAAAUUAUAAUUCUUCAAAUCAAAGAGUAUAAUUGUGUAUAAAUUAUUCUAUACAAUAAACCCAAUAAUUUCCUUAGUAAAAUUAUUGUUGGUUUCUAAGAGUUAAUAGACUAUUCAAUAAAAAUUAAAAUGAGUAACGCUUUCAUAGAUUAGGACUAACUAAAUGAGUUCUUUAAAGAAUUAUCGAGAAGAUUGUAAAUAGAAAAAGGUCAAUUGAAAAUAAGAGACAUGGAAUAUUACAAUUCUGUAGAAGAAUAUACAAAAUAUACAAAAGUCCUUCCUCCAAACUUGACAAAUCUUACUAAAUGA